GAUUUUCUAAAAGGUGUUAAUUCACCCCGAGGAGCAGCAUUUCCAAAAUGGUGCAUGUUGUGAAAGCGCAACCUUUUCAACGAAAAAAGGACGGUGGGCCAAAUGUGAAAUAUUUCGAGUCUCCUGAGACAAUAUCUCAAAUUGAAGCAGUGCGAGCAUGGCUCCAGAAGAAUUGCAAGAAAUAUGUCCAAGCCGAGCCUCCAACCAACAAGUCGAUUGCCAGUCUGACCAUUCAGCUGCUGCAGUUCCAGGAAGAGGCUUUUGGUAAACAGGUCAACAAGCCAGCUUUCACCAAAUUGCCUAUGCGAUGUUUCCUUGACUUCAAGAGUGGUGGCGCUCUCUGUCAAAUUCUGUACGCUGUCUUCAAAUUCAAAUCAGACCAAGGAUGGCGCCGAUUCGACUUCCAGUCACCGUCUCGUAUGGACAGGAAUGUCGAAAUGUUUAUGCAGAUCGAAAAGACCCUCGUCAACACAAAGUGUCUGACCCUGCCCUGCGUAUUCCUAACACCAGAACUCGACAAAAGCUUGAUGGGAAAGCUGAAGGACAUCGUGAAACGGCACCAGGGGAGUUUUACUGACGCUAUCGAGGACUGUUCGCAUGUGGUCUACCCAACACACUCGCCGCCACCAGACGAUGAAUUGGUGCGACCGGUAUUGAAGAGAAAUAACGACACCUUGGUACAUUUUUGGUACUAUCCUGAUAGUUAUGACACAUGGAUGAUCGACGGCUCUGUCGAUUACGAUGAAUCUCAACGCGAUCACUCGCAACCUUGGGAAGUCACGGCAAGAUGGCUGCUGGAUCUCGAUGAGUUUAACGAGUGGAUGAAUGAAGAAGAUUAUCUUAUCGAGGAUGAGAGUGACGGAAAGAAAGCAAAGAAGACUUACAGGGUGCCCAGGAUGACUUUGGAGGAGGUUCAAGCUUGCCAUGAUGCCAGCAGAGGCAAGAAUAAGGCAAAGAGGAAACGCUCCCCGACACCUCCCCCUAUUGACAGAAAGAAGAGGAAGAGUACUCGCAGUCCGGCCGUCACAACGUUGAAGCGCGGUCGUUCUGCGCGGGAGGAGGAGGACGACUUAACAAAGGAUAUGGAAGACCCUGCCCCCGAGCCAAAUCUACAGGAGGUGCAGAUACCAAAACAAUCGACGACGUCGAGAAGUCAAAAGGAUCACGACAUGCAACCAGUGAAGGGUGGGACUCUCAUGGACUUGGAUGAAGAUGAAGAAAAGGUCGAUGACAAAGCAAGUGACACAAGAUCUGAAGACACGGCGAUGAAGCCAAAGAAGGAUGAGUUUGAAGACAACAUAACCGAGCAGACGCACCACAUAAUCGUUCCUAGUUACGCCGCCUGGUAUGAUUAUAGCAGCAUUCAUGCCAUCGAGAGGCGUGCGCUGCCCGAAUUUUUCAACGGCAAAAAUAAAUCGAAAACUCCUGAAGUAUAUCUAGCGUAUAGGAAUUUCAUGAUUGACACAUAUCGCUUGAAUCCCCAGGAGUAUCUCACUAGUACCGCCUGUCGACGGAAUUUGGCUGGUGACGUCUGUGCAAUAAUGAGGGUGCAUGCAUUCCUUGAACAGUGGGGCCUAAUCAACUAUCAGGUCGAUGCUGAGAACUGCCCCACUCCAAUGGGACCACCCCCGACAUCGCAUUUCCACGUCCUGGCCGACACGCCCUCAGGCCUCCAGCCAGUGAACCCGCCAAAAACAAACCAGCCCUCGGCGGCACAGACGCUGAUGAACUUUGAUAAGAAGGAAAAGGAGAUUGAAGAAAAGAAGGAGACAUUCUUUGGUCUGAGGACGGAUCUUUAUGCCAAGAAAGCUCUCAAGGACAGGGGAUCUGCUGCUAGAACCCGCGAAUGGACCGAUCAGGAAACGCUCCUGUUGCUGGAGGCGUUAGAAAUGUACAAGGAUGACUGGAACAAAGUCUGUGAGCACGUGGGGAGUCGAACGCAAGACGAGUGUAUCCUACAGUUCUUAAGGCUGCCAAUAGAGGACCCUUAUCUCGAGGAAGCCCCCGGUCAUUGUGGUCCGCUUGCGUACCAGCCGGUGCCAUUUUCGCAGAGUGGUAACCCGAUUAUGUCGACAGUUGCGUUCCUGGCGUCUGUUGUUGAUCCGAGGGUGGCUGGUGCUGCUGCAAAGUCUGCUCUAGAGGAAUUCUCGAAGAUGAAGGAUGAGGUCCCUGCAGCGCUGAUCAAUGCCCAUGUCAAGAACGUCGAGGUUGCAGCCAAAGAGGGCAAGCCGGUUGACGAGAGCUUUGGUCUCGAUAAGAGUGGUAUCGCAGGAACGGUGCCGCUACCCAGUGAGGAGAAAGAGAAGGAAGAAGAAUUAAAGAAAAAGGAGGCGGAGGAGACAAAAGAAAUCAAAGAAGAAGGCAAAGAAGAAGAGGAGAAAGAAAAAGAAGAUAAAGUCAAAACUGAAGAGCCAAUGGAAGAAGUCGAGAAAGAAGUCAAGAAAGAACCUGAGCCAACAGAAAGUGAGAAGCCGAAAGAAGAUGCUGAGGCUGAGAAGACCGAAGAGAAGACCGAGAAAAAGGAUGACGGUGAAGAAAAGAUGGAGACAGACGAGAAAGAAGGAGAGAAAGAGAAACCUGAGACAUUGGAGGAACCCAAAGAGCCAAAAGAAGAGAAGGCUGAGGAGGAAAAAGAGGAGGAGAAGACCGACCUGGUCAAAGAAAAGGUCAUCAAUGAUAAAAAUGUGGCAACGGCUGCUGCGUCUGCCCUUGCUUCAGCUGCAGUGAAAGCCAAGCAUCUCGCUGCAGUUGAGGAGCGCAAGAUACGCAGUCUGGUGGCGAUGCUCGUCGAAACGCAGAUGAAAAAACUCGAGAUCAAAUUACGGCAUUUCAGCGAAUUGGAGACAAUCAUGGAUCGAGAACGUGAAGCGCUCGAAUAUCAGCGCCAACAGCUCCUACAGGAGAGGCAACAAUUCCAUAUGGAGCAGCUGAGAGCAGCCGAAUACAAGGCAAGGCAGAUUGCAGCCCAACAGCUGCAGUCGGAGAACAAACUACCAGACCAAGGCACUUCAUUCCCUGCUGGUAUUCAGCCCUGUGGUCCAUCAGCUGCCAGUCAGAACCCGAACUUGGCCGCAGCAGUGCAGACGCCCGGCCCCGCACCAUCACCUGGUCCUGCGGGAGACAAGAUCUCGGCUCCACCAACGCCACAACCUGGCCCCGGAGCUGGAGGCUCCAUACCAAUGGACCAGUCGACGCCACAGAAACCAAUGUUUGGAGAGCACAUGUCGGCAGCAUCGCCGGCGGGUGCUGCAUCACCCAAGCCUUGAACAAACAAAAAAUUAGAUAGACAUUUUUGACUUGUCACAGCAAAGAAGUGAAGUCCAUGAAGAUUGUGCCGUAUUUAUGCGUAUUAAGGCGCACUGCACUUAUUUUCAGGGUGCGCUUAUCUCCCGAAUAUUAGCGCAUGUGCUUAACAAUGAGAAAAAAUAAAGCGUAGAUAACUUACAAAACCUGGGUUGUUUAUUGUUCCAAGUACACGAAUGCUGGUUAUAUUUAAUCUAAUAUCUACUGUUUAUAAUCCAAAACGAACACAUGUAUGUGUAAUAAUCCCACAACCUGGUGCCAGGUAAAGCACAGUUGCAUCGGCCAUACAAGAAUCCCACACUUCUGGGACACUGCGCAGUCACAUGCACACCACGCAGUAUAAGAAACGCAUUUACCCCACGCAUUUACCCCAUUUGCGCCUAAAUAUGCAUAAAUACAGUAUCAAGACUGCUCCUUGGUUUUCCAUCUUUCGGGCAUCUACUGGUUUCAUACCUGUUGAUGAGUGAAAUGAGUUGUUGUAGCCACUUACCAAGCCAUCUAAUACAUCAAAUCAUUUGUCCGUCUCCGUAGCAGUGAAAUACUAACACAAUUUAUCCUUUAAAGUCCUGUUGAAUAUUUCUUCUACUGCUGCCUUCCUACUAGAUAAUGUAGAGAACCAUUCCAGAGGAUGCCAGUCUCUCACAAAGCUAGAUAUCAGCAGCCUGCUUCUUAUUUAUGAAACCCUUUUUCCAUGUCGUAUAUAAUCAAUAUUGUCGUUGUAUAAAGUGCUUAGUAUGUCGGCGCAUCAUAUGAUAAUAGUUAUAUAAAAGGCCUAAGCCGUUUGUGUUCAUUGCAUUAUAUUGGCUCGGAGAAAAGAGAGAUAAACAUUGCCGUAGUCCAAUUUUAUGCAAACAAAUUUGUUGAAACUUGGCAUUUUUUAGUAGCUGUGUAUCAGUCUCUUCAUCAGUUUGAAAUUGAACAAUUUGGUGUCGCUGCCUCAUUGUCUACCCAAAUUAGCAUGUUAUUGAAUGACCCAAACGACCAUAUUGUUUAUAAGUCUUGCUUGAAUUGAGUAUUCAGAAAUGGUCUUAGAUUAGGUAAACUAGAGUAUAUCAGCAAUGAAGAACUUGUUUAUUUCUAUGUGUUAAGUCUUGAGACGUAGCAUAGACAUUUUUGUAAAAAAUAAAACCAUUGGUGUAAAAA